AUGUUUGACCUCAUCGUCGUUGGUGCCGGCCUCAGUGGCCUCCAAGCUGCCUAUUCUGCGCAGCAAGCAGGCCUCUCAGUAGCCGUUAUUGAGGCGCGCGACCGCGUUGGCGGCAAGACCUGGACUGUACCUUUGGCUUCGGGACGUGGCGUCGCAGAUCUUGGAGCGGCAUGGAUCAACGACCGACUGCAACCACGGAUCUGGGCCUAUGUGCAGAAGUUCGACCUUCAAACUGUGAGGCAGCGUCUGGAGGGCAAGGCAAUCAUGCAGUCAUCCGAGUCUGAAAGAGUUGUGUAUCCGUUCGGGAUCACGCCAGAGUUUACAGAAGACGAGAAAUUGAAUCUGGAAAGGAUCCGGGAUCACAUUCAGCGGGUGUCCCUACUCAAGGAACCCCCGAACUCACAGGACGACAACGUCACCCUAGAUCAGUAUGUGCGUGAGCUUGGCGCAGGUCCAAAGACGAUCCAGAUGGUCAACCUUUGGUCUCGCGUCAUGCAUGGCGUAGAAUCCUCCGAGCAGUCUGCUGCUUGGUUUAUCGACUAUUGUCGGCGCAAUAAAGGUCUCCUGGCCGUGCGGGCUGAUGACCAGACUGGAGGGAACCACAUGCGGAUCAUAUCUGGAACUCAGGAGAUAUCAAAGGGGAUCGCAAACCUUAUCGGUGCAGGUAGAAUCUUCCUCUCCAGUCCUGUUGCGGCGAUUGAGGACAAAAUGUCCAAAGUUGAAGUCACAACACGGGAUGGGAAGCUCUUCACGGGAUCCAGAUGCAUCAUCUCCCUGCCAAGCACCAUGUACAGCGACCUUAACAUCUCACCCCCACUACCACCUCAAGCUCGUCACCUGUACGAGGCUACCAAGCUAGGCCAUUACAACAAGGCGAUUGUGUGCUAUGACAAACCGUGGUGGAGAGAUCUUGGGUUCAACGGUUUCGCCAUGAGUUUCAUUGGCCCUGCGGUCGUGAUCCGAGACACCAGUGUCGAUGAGAAAGAGUGCUAUGCCUUGACCUGUUUCGUCAACGGGCGCGAGGGAGAGAAGUGGUCAAAGCUGUAUGACCACGAGCGCAGGCGGGUCGUACUCCAACAGCUUGCCAUUCUUUACAAUGUUGGGCCUGAGUCAGAAGUGUUCCGACCUAUUGAGUUCUUUGUUCAGAUAUGGAAGCAUGAGGAGUACAGCAAAGGGGCGCUAGCUCCCAUCACUGCUCUAGGUCACUACACCAGGUUUCAGUCAGUCUAUGGCAAGCCGGUAGGCAACCUGCAUUUUGUAGGGACUGAGUACUCCAAUGAGUGGAAGGGGUAUAUGGAGGGGGCCAUAUGCUCAGGGGAAGCAGGGGCCCGGCAGGUCUUGGAAGCCUUGCGGGCAGGGAGGGGUCUUGAAAGCAGUAUUAUUGCGAAGCUAUAG